AUGUUGUCAACAUCAUAUCAAAUUGAAACCACUAACACAGAAGCAAAGUGUUACCAUCAUGAAACUCAAAAUAUAACACUUUUUUGUAUUGAUUGUGGUUUUUCAGUUUGUAAUUUUUGUAUUGCAAGUAAAGAACAUUGUAAUGGUCAUAAAUUUGAUUUAAUUCAAAAUGUUAUGGGGUUUAUUAAAAAAGAAUAUGAAGAGAACUUUCUCCCAUUAAUACCAAAUAGAAUAAAAAAAGAUAAAAUAACACUUUCUCUCUCUGACUCUUAUUGUUCAGAGAUUUUAAAAAAAUUAAAAUUCAAUCAAGAUUUAAUAAAAGAAGAAUUUAGGUUAAUUCAUUUGACUGCUAGUAUUGUAGAAAGAGAUUUACUAUCGCAAUUGGAUACAAGACAUGAUGAAAAUUUAGAAAUUAAACUUAAACUAUCUUAUAAAUUAUUAAAUGAUAUAGACAAAUUACAAACAAUAAUAAACUAUAAAUUAAAUGAAAAUAAAGAGAUAAAUAAAAAUGAUAUUGAAAAUAAACCAGAAGAAUUAAAAAUCGAUAAUAAUAAUAAUAAUAAUAAUAAUAAUAAUAAUAAUAAUAAUAAUAAUAAUAAUAAUAAUAAUAAUAAUAAUAAUAAUAAUAAUAAUAAUAAUAAUAAUAAUAAUAAUAAUAAUAAUAAUAAUAAUAAUAAUAAUAAUAAUAAUAAUAAUAAUAAUAAUAAUAAUAAUAAUAAUAAUAAUUAUAAUAAUAAAAUUAAUGAAUUAAUAAAUAAUAAUUUAAAUAAUUUAAGUAGUUUAGGUUGUAGUCUUAAUGGUGUAAAUAGAAACUCAAAAAUUUUUAAUGGUUUAGAUUUUGAAUUGAUAAUGAAUCAUCAACAUUCAAAAAUUAUAUUAUCAAAUGAUGAAAACAAUAAACUAUUAAGAGGUUAUAAAAAAAUAAUAACCAAUACCAAUAAAAAAGAGGUUGAAAAAAUUAAAAAUAUAUAUAAAUCAAUGAUUUUUGUUGAAGAUAAAGGAUCAUAUUAUAACGAGAGAUUACCAUUAGAAACAAAGACAAUGAUUUGGAAAGGUGAAAAAUAUAGUUUAUUCAUUUGUGGUGGGGAAAAUAUUUUUAGUGAAAAAAUUGCAUUCAAUUCUGAAUCCAAAUCUAUAACUCAUUUAAGAGUUUCUUCAACAUUAGGUAAAUCUGAACUAUUGUUUAUGGAUGGUUUUGAACAACAAAUUCCAAGUACAUUGAUCCUUAGUGGUAGUUUUGUUAUUCAUUUUGGUAAUAUAAAACGUCCAGUUUUACCUGGCGUCAUUCCAAUGGUAUCAAAUGAAACAUUGGAGAUUUACUUUGAAGGUUAUUGCCAUCAUAUUGGCGAAGGAGUUAUCCCAAACUGUGGUUUAUAUUUAUAUUUAGGUGAAUUAGCUACACCAUUAACCUAUGAUUCAAUACCUCCAAAAAUUCAAGUCCUUUAUUUAAUGGAUGGUUUCAAUCAAAAUUUACCACAAGGAAUUAUCCCAGAGUUUAAGGGUUCUUUAUAUCUUGGUAAUAUUAAAAAUCCAAUUUAUAUGAACUCAAUACCAAGAACUGUUACUAAAAUUGUGUUUCUAGAUAACUAUCCUCAUAAAAUUACCAAAAAUCAAAUUCCAAGUGGUGUUGAUCUAUACUUUGGUGAUAUUGUUGAACCUUUAACUGAACAAUCAAUACCAAACAAUAUUAAUUCACUUCAAUUUAAAGAUGGUUUUAAUCAUUAUUUAACUAAAGGUAUUAUACCCUCAACUGUUGGAUCAAUUUCCUUUGGUGGUAUUAAGAAACCUUUACAAGUUCAUUCAAUACCAAAUGGUGUUAAAAAAUUAGUAUUUACUAAAAAUUUUAAUCAGCUCAUAGUUAAUGGAAUCAUUCCAAAUGGUGUUUUAGAAAUAUAUUUUGAAAACCAAAAUCCAGUACCUGUUAGCUCGAUACCUUUAUCUGUAAAGAAAAUAAUUUGCCCCAAAAUAAUCUAUCAAAGUCUAAAAAGUUUGGAUGGAAAAAAACAAAUAACUUUUGAAAUUUUUUAA